UUGGGUUUGAAGGGAUUUUGGCUGCGAAAAGAAAAAAUGAAUGCAGCGGCAGCUUCUGAGGCGCAUAACGGUGCCUACGAAAGCGAUUCCGAAUCGAAUUCCGACGAUUCAUCGGAAUACUACCAGCCAAUAUCUACCGCCGACGGAGAAGACGAUGAAGAAACAAAUGCUUCCGAUCGCCUCCCGAAUGGCUGGGUGGAGAACGGACUAUCGUCACUCGAUCUGACCGACGAAGAAGAAGACGAAGAGGAGGAGGCGACUGAAUCGGAGAGCGCGAUAGAGAGGGCAUUCAGAGAAGACGAGAGGCGGCGCUCCGCUCCACUGACGGAGGAGAACGCCGUCAGAGUGAUGGACGCCAUGCGCGGGAUCUCUUUUGGCGGCAGCGGCAGCGGCGGCGGAGGCGGCGCUGCUGCCCCCGACUGGGCUGGUCAGGUUCCCGAUGACCAGUGGAUCGAUCGCCUCAUGAGAUUGAGGAGGCCAUCAUCAUCAUCAUCUGCAGCAACUGAUCCAUAAGUAUUGUUGAAAAUUUUCCAUGCCCAUCAGUUGUAUGAUGAAAUGUCUAAUUGCUUCUGUAUUUCAAAUUCCCCCAAAAUUUGUUGCGAUUUGCUAAUUGGAUUUCUUGUUGCUUUUAUUGUAUUUAUUUAUGAAAUGGGUAUGUUGUUGAAUUGAAUGAUGAACGAAUUGCGUUGUUUUUA